CGCACAUCACACACAGCAUCCGGGUGAGAUACGAAACGACAACACAAAACCCGUCACAUGACAUUACCUAAAAGUAAUUCAGUGUGACUUGCGAGAGGAUUCUUCGCCUCGUUGAUUGUAGGGACCUGUUCCUCCACCAUGGAGUCUGUCGCUGACUUCUUAAGUGUAUUCAAUGUGGAGGUCAGCGGAUUUUCAGUGACUCUCAGCCUCCUCCUCAUUUUUCUGGGCCUCCUGUACUGGUAUUCAGUCUACCCAUAUUCAGUCCUCUCCCGAUAUGGCAUCAAACAUCCGAAGCCAUCGCCUUUCUUUGGAAACUUAUUCAUGUUUCGUGAGGGCUUUUUUAAACCUCUUAAUAAUAUCAUAAAUGAACAUGGCAGAGUUUGUGGGUAUUAUUUGGGACGGAGGCCCAUUGUGGUGAUAGCUGACCCUGAUAUGCUCAAACAAGUGAUGGUCAAGGACUUCAACAACUUCCCAAACAGAAUGGCUUUUCGAUUUGCUUCCAAGCCCAUGAGUGACUCUCUACUCAUGAUUAGAAAUGAACAGUGGAAGAGAGUACGGAGCAUCCUCACCCCAACCUUCAGCGCUGCCAAGAUGAAAGAGAUGGUUCCGCUCAUCAACACAGCGAUCGACGCCCUGAUGAACAACUUGAAUGUCCACGCAGAGUCAGGAGAGGCCUUCGACAUCCACAAGUGUUUCGGCUGCUUUACCAUGGAUGUCAUUGCCAGCGUAGCAUUUGGGACUCAAGUGGACUCGCAGAAUGACCCGGAUGACCCGUUUGUCCGCCACGCAAAGAUGUUCUUCGCUGCGACUUUCUUCAGACCCCUCUUGAUGUUUUUCAUUGUUUUUCCCUUCCUAGCUACGUUUCUUGUGGGAAUCCUCCCAAACAAAAGACAAAAGGUGAUGAGUCACUUUUUCAAUAGCACCAUCAAGGAUAUCAUCAAAAAGAGAGAGGAACAGCCUUCUGAGCAGAGGAGGAGAGACUUCCUUCAGCUGAUGUUAAAUGCUCGAACCAGCAAAGAGUGUGUGUCCUUGGAACAGUUUGACACGGCAAAUCACGACGACGAGGCGGAUCACAAAACGCAGCCGACGCAGCCGUCGACCUCGGAUCAGGACGACAGCCACCCGCGCACGCAGGAGCCAUCGGCCAGGGGUUCACAGAAAAAGAUGAUCACAGAGGAUGAGAUAGUGGGUCAGGCUUUUGUCUUUCUCGUGGCUGGCUACGAAACCAGCAGCAACACGUUAGGGUUCGCCUGCUACCUGCUGGCGCUUCAUCCCGAAUGUCAACGCAAAGUACAAGAAGAGGUGGACGAUUUCUUCACCAAAUAUGACACGCCAAAUUACUCAAACGUCCAGGAGCUGAAGUAUUUGGACAUGGUUAUCAGUGAAGCGCUACGUCUCUACCCUCCUGGAUUCAGGUUUGCACGAGAAGUCUACCAUGACUGUGAGGUGAAUGGCCUCUUCCUGCCCAAAGGAAUGACAGUGGAGAUCCCAGCCAGCUUUCUCCACUAUGACCCAGAAUACUGGUCAGAGCCUGAGAAGUUCAUCCCUGAGAGGUUUACACCGGAGGCUAAAGCCGCACGACAUCCGUAUGUGUACCUUCCAUUCGGGGCCGGCCCCCGCAACUGUGUAGGAAUGAGGCUGGCCCAGCUGGAAAUGAGGAUGGCUUUAGUGCAUCUGUUCCACCGGUUCAACGUUGUGGCCUGCUCUGAGACAAAGGUUCCUAUUGAGUUGAACUCAACAAGCACCCUUGGACCCAAAAAUGGCAUAUUUGUGAAACUCACAAAGAGAGAUGUGUAGGAAGUUCAGUCAUAUCAUUAAAUAGUCACCACUGAUCUUCUAGGACGGGACAGCGCCACAGAAUCGCUGGCUUCUGCCUUUUUCUUCUUGAUUUAUGUUAAAAUAUUUCCACAGUUACUGAUCAUGCCUUAUUGUGCACAUGUAACCAGCUAGAAAAUGGGCCAAGGUAACAUUAUAUAAUUAUAACAUUGCAGCUCUAAUAAUAGAUGAUUCAUAACUGCAAUAGUUGAAGUGCUCUUUACCUGUAUAAUCAGGUAGAUAUAUACAUAUAUAUCUUGCAUUCCAUCCUAUCUCCCUGUCAAUGAUGAUCCAAAAAGGGACAAUAUGAUUUGUGUGUUCUUUGAAAAAAUAAAUGAGUGAAACUGCA